CCACCUCGCGCUGCAAGUCUAGGGCCGCAGGCGCUGAGCCCCCGCAGGGAGGAGGGGCGGGCUCAGGGAGCCCCUCCCAGGGGGCGGGGCCAAGGGUUUCUCCCCAGCACCGCUGUGCAGAGUCUGAAUCUCCAGGGUCUCCAGUUUAGAAAAGCCUAUGCAAAGCCUAGCAGAAGCCAAGGUGCUUAUCAGCAGAUCUUUUAUGAUUGUUUGGUAAAAGCUCUGCGGGUCUGCACAGGUCGCCUCCCUCGGAGCUCGGCGACUGAACGUCGGAGCCGGCCCUCGGCCCCCCUGCAGUCGGAAGGUUACAGCAGCGGGAGCCAGAGAGGCGGUGGCGGCGGCCCAGGAAGGAGCAGCAGCGCCCGGCAUUCCAUCGUAAGGAUAUACCACAACUUAUUCAUCCACUUAUCUGUUGAUGGACACUCUAGUUUGGGGCUUUCACGAAUAAAGCGCUCUUUGAUUGCUCUUGGAUAAAUCUCCAGGGUGGGAUUGCUGAGUCUUAUGGCUCUUGCUCUUGCAGAACUCCCAAGAUCUCAUAAAGAAAUUUGUAGUCAGAACUUUAUGCUGCAUUUUUAUUCAGGAAAGAAGCAGGAAGAGAAGAGUGUCAUUUCCUAGGAAUCCAGCACUGGAGAAACGCUUGUAUAAUGAGCCUGCCUAGCCAUGUGAUAUGAAUUGCAUCGAUUCCCUCUGGACCAGAGCCAAAUGAGUGGUUACUGAGCCACAGAGAGAGUGGGAUAUGAAGCUCCUUGAUGUUCCCGGGAGAACAAUUCUUCCAAGGAUGGUCUCCCAUUCAGAGUUGAGGAAACUUUUCUGUUCAGCUGAUGCAGUAUGCUUUGAUGUUGAUAGCACAGUCAUCAGAGAAGAAGGAAUUGAUGAGCUAGCCAAAUUCUGUGGAGUUGAGGAUGCUGUGUCAGAAAUGACACGGCGAGCCAUGGGUGGGGCAGUGCCUUUCAAGGCUGCCCUCACAGAGCGCUUAGCGCUGAUCCAGCCCUCCAGGGAACAGGUACAAAGGCUCAUAGCAGAGCACCCCCCCCACCUGACUCCUGGCAUAAGGGAGCUGGUAAGUCGCCUGCAAGAGCGAAAUGUUCAGGUUUUCCUAAUAUCUGGUGGCUUUAGGAGCAUUGUGGAGCAUGUUGCUUCCAAGCUCAAUAUCCCAUCAACCAACGUAUUUGCCAAUAGGCUGAAAUUCUACUUCAAUGGUGAAUAUGCAGGUUUUGAUGAGAUGCAGCCAACAGCCGAAUCUGGUGGGAAAGGAAAAGUUAUUAAACUUUUAAAGGAAAAAUUUCAUUUUAAGAAAAUUAUCAUGAUUGGAGACGGAGCCACAGACAUGGAAGCCUGUCCUCCUGCUGAUGUUUUCAUUGGAUUUGGAGGAAAUGUGAUCAGACAACAAGUAAAAGACAACGCUGAAUGGUACAUCACUGAUUUUGUAGAGCUUUUAGGAGAACUUGAAGAAUAAUAUCAAUUUUUAUACAGUUUGUAACAACUUCUGUUAAUUUUUAAAAGUUAUACAGUUUGAUACCGUUUGCCUAAAAUUGCCUAUUACAACUUAAUGUAUAGAUUUGGUACUCAUUAUCUGUACUUUAAGUAAACUAUGGAAAACUGCUUUUUUUAACUGCAGUCCUAGUGUUAUUAUGACCAUUAAUUACCUGGAUAGUUUUAUAAUCUUAAUUCUUUAUGUAUUUUCCUAUCUGUAUUUUAUUUGAAGCCUUUUAAAGGUGGAUAGUAAAUUAAACACCGUCACUGUUGGAAAUAUGGGUUAGGCAGCUUUAGGUGACUAUUGGUUUUCCCUGUAGUAGGUAAAUAAAAGUUAUCCAUGUAUCAGAA